AUGGCUGCAUUGAAGCCCAAAAAGGGAUUCAAAAAUCCAUUUUUUGUUCCAAGAAGUGCUGAUACUAAAGAUGCUGACUCCGUUGACUGUGUUCAAAGUAAAUUCUCUGGAAACAAUGAAAAGGAAUUGGAGCAUGAGGUACCAAAGAUCAAAACACCGAAGAAGACACAUGAAAAGAAAACGGAUGAAAACAUAACUCCCGAGAAGAUAGUAAAAAAGACACCAGCAAAGAAAGUGAAAGGUGCCACGUGUAAGAAUACUCCAUUAAAGGAAAUCAAUGAGGAAGGGAAAGGAAAUGAAACUCCUCAAAAGGUUAAAGCCAAGGUUCCCAGAAGCACCCCAUCAAAGGUAUCAAAAAAGAAGGAAAAGACCCCGGUGAAACCUGUACACACUUACACUGAUGCAGAGUACGAUGAACUGUUUGCAGCUGUACAAGAGCGAGUUACAAGUGGUGAUCUUUCCUUUACACCAGAAGCGAAAGAAGAUGGAGUAGAAACUACUGAAAAUAAUGAGGCUAAUAAAGGUGAGGUAACCAUCACUGAAGACUGUGAUAACAAUGACUGUGGGAAUUUUGUGGAUGAAGAGAAUAUGGAUCCAGUUCUGAGUCAAAAAAUAGAAGAUGAUUUCGAAGCAGUUUUGGAAGCUGGACUUUCUGUCUUGGGAGAAGAUUUAGUGGAUCCAGUGGAAGCUGAGGCCCCCAGAGUAGACAAUAAUGAAGCUGGAGAUGAUGAUGAGGAGGAGGAGUAUGAAGAAGAUGAAGACUCUGACCAAGGAGACAUCGAUGAGGAUAAAUUGCCAACAGAAAUCAGGGCUGCAGUGCUGAGUCAGGUGAAUGAGAUUACCCCUGUAUCUAGCACCCUCAACUCCCCUGAACCUGCCCUCAAUGACAGCUCAACAUCCAUGAAACCUCCAAAAUUAAAGGCACAAAGAAAACCUAAAGAGAAAACAAUUAUGAAACAAGUUCACCAGAAGAAAGUUUCAAAGAAAAAACAAAUGCAAGAAAGACCACUGACAGAAACUGGUACUUGGGUGCAGUGCAGUGAGAGGAAUUGUAUGAAAUGGCGAUAUCUAGAUUACAUACAUGACCCAGCUAGCCUACCAGAUACCUGGACAUGUAACAUGAGCAAAGAUAUGCAACAUAAUAGUUGUGAUGUGGCUGAGGUGGAUUGGGACAGAGAGGCCCAUGAGAAAGACUUCAUUUACACCAAGUUUACUGAAGGUUCACUUGUAUGGGCAAAAAUGGAUGGCUUUCCUUAUUGGCCAGCUAUGGUUGAGAUUGAUCCUGAUAAUGAGACAUAUUGUGAGCUGACUGGUGUCUUACCUGGAGACAGCAUGUCACCAAGUCACUACCAUGUUGUAUUCUUUGAUGACAAGGUGACGAGAGCUUGGAUUCGUGUAUCAAACAUUCGCAACUUUACUGGAGCUGAGACCUCAGAACAACUGGGCUCUUUCAAAGUUCGCAACCAUGACUACAGGAAAGAAGUGACAUUGGCAAGGACCAAAGCAAUGAGGGCUUAUUCUAUGGGCAUCAAGGAGAGACUUGCAGAGUUCAGCUUUUGCCAGAGGUAUAAAGGUAAAUGGGGAGAUGUACUUGACUCCCAAGAAGACAAAAAUAAAGCCUCUGUGUCCAAGCGUAUAAAGAGUCAUAGACGCAAAAAGAGUAAGAGGUCAGAGUCUACAGCUACCAUAAUGAGUGAUGCUGAUGUAGAUGAUAUGCUGGGUAGAGCUGAUGAUAUCCUUGACCAGGCUGAAGACAUCCUUAAUUCCAUGGACCUUGAUGAUGACCUACUCUCAAAUGAAGUUGAUGAAAAGGAUGAGUUUUUGUUUGAUGAGGAUGAUAGUCCAAAAAAGAAGAAACCAAAGAAAUCAAAGAAACACAAGGAAGAAAAGUCACUGUUGAAGAAAACUAAAGAAUCAUCCGCAGAUGAGAAACCACGUAAAAAGCGUAAACAUUCCAACCUUGAUGAAGCAUCAACAAGCAAAAAACGAUCUUCAAAGAAGCCCCAAAUACCAGCAAACAUCAAGAUGGUAACAAACCCAUUGACCAUACGUAAGCCAACAUUCCUCUCAAAGAAACCUAAAAUGGACAAGAAAGACUUUAUUAAGAUGGACACUGAACCUGAUGAUAAUGUUGACCACGCUGGUAGUGAUGAGGAAGAAGAUAAGAUAGUGUGCUCUGGUAAAUCUGUCACUCUUAGUCUAGAGUUGGAUGGUGAGGUAUUCACAAUGGAGAUUGAUAACCCAGAUGCCCCAGAUGAUCACACUGACACUAAGGCACCUGAUGACACUGAUAAAUUAAAAAGAAAAAUUGAAAACAUACUUGAACAGGAUUCUAUUGAUUAUGAUAAAAUUGAAAUGAAUUCAGGGGUUUGUAAAAAAUCUAAAUCAGGUUCAAAUAAGAGGUCAAAAUCUUCAAAAAAGAAAUUUCCAGCUGUAAAGAAAGCAAAUAGAGAUCAAAUUAAUGAAGAUGAUGAUAACGUAAAACAGAUGGAUAAACUAGAGGAGAACGAAAUAGCAAGCAAGAAUGAAGUAGCAAGCCAGAAAUCAUUGAGAUCAAAUUCCAAACCCGAAUCCCCCGAAAACGAAAUCAACCAUGUGUUGGAAAGGUCAUGUAAAACUAAAACACUGCCUCAACAAAAUUGUCACAAUUUUAAUGAUCUAAGCCAGAAAUCUGAUAAAUCUGCGAAAGCUAUCUGCCUAUCGAAACAGGAAAAGAAAGAUUCUAAGACAUGUAAGAGUCAAAAGUCGGAAAAAUCUGGAAAGUCAAAGAUAAAUCGGGAAAGUCAAGAUUUUGACAAUCUUAGCCAAAAUUCUGGAAAAUCUGUAAGGUCAAAGAUAGAUCAAGAAAGUCAAGAUUUUGACAAUCUGAGUCAAAAUUCUGGAAAAUCUGUAAGGUCAAAGAUAGAUCAAGAAAGUCAAGAUUUUGACAAUCUGAGUCAAAAGUCAAAAAAAUCUGUAAGGUCAAAGAUAGAUCAAGAAAGUCAAGAUCUUGACAAUCUGAGUCAAAGGUUAAGAAAAUCUGCAAGAUCAAAGGAAAACAAGGAAAGUCAAGACUUUGAUAAUCUCAGUCAAAAGUCUGGAAAAUCUGGAAGGUCAAAAGCAAAACAGGAAUUAAGCCAAGAAAGUCAAGAUUUUGACAAUCUUAAUCAAAAGUCUGGAAAAUCUGAAAGGUCAAAGGCAAAACAGGAAUUAAGCCAAGAAAGUCAAGAUUUUGACAAUCUUAGUCAAAAGUCUGGAAAAUCUGAAAGGUCAAAGGCAAAACAGGAAUUAAGCCAAGAAAGUCAAGAUUUUGACAAUCUUAGUCAAAAGUCUGGAAAAUCUGAAAGGUCAAAGGCAAAACAGGAAUUAAGCCAAGAAAGUCAAGAUUUUGACAAUCUUAGUCAAAAGUCUGGAAAUUGUGGAAGGUCAAAGGCAAAACAGGAAUUAAGCCAAGAAAGUCCAAAUUUUGACAAUCUUAGUCAAAAGUCUGGAAAAUCUGGAAGGUCAAAAGCAAAACAGGAAUUAAGCAAAGAAAGCCAAGAUUUUGACAAUCUUAGUCAAAAGUCUGGAAAAUCUGGAAGGUCAAAAGCAAAGCAAGUAUUAUGCCAAGAAAGUCAGAAUUUUGACAAUCUCAGUCAAAAGUCUGGAAAAUCUGGAAGGUCAAAGGCUAAACAGGAAUUAAGUCAAGAUUUUGACAUUAACUCAAGCCAAAGAUCAACAAGAUCAAAAACAAAGGGUGAUCAGUCCAGUCAAGAUUUUGAUUUCAAUACCAUUGUGAAAUCAUUGUCUCAAAAAUCCAAGGCAAGUCAAUCUGAGGCAGACCAUUAUGAAGGUAGUUCAGAUUUUGACUUUGGUGACAAUGAAUUAUAA